UAUCGCGGGCGCGUAGUAGAUGUCGCUGUUGUCCGUGCUUACGCGGCCGGCCAGCCCGGCUCGGGAACACGUGACCUGCGAGGAGGCUGCGGCUCAAGGCCAUUUUCAAAUCUCAUUGGCUUGGUUGUCAUGUGGUCGGCAGAGGCAUCCACAAUUACACGGGGAAUGUUUUCCUAGAGAUGUCAGCCUACAAAGGACACAAUCUCUCUUCUUCAAAUUCCUCCCCAAAAUGUCCUUUCCCAACAGCUCUCCUGCUGCUAAUACUUUUUUAGUAGAUUCCUUGAUCAGUGCCUGCAGGAGUGACAGUUUUUAUUCGAGCAGCGCCAGCAUGUACAUGCCACCACCUAGCGCAGACAUGGGGACCUAUGGAAUGCAAACCUGUGGACUGCUCCCGUCUCUGGCCAAAAGAGAAGUGAACCACCAAAAUAUGGGUAUGAAUGUGCAUCCUUAUAUACCUCAAGUAGACAGUUGGACAGACCCGAGCAGAUCUUGUCGAAUAGAGCAACCUGUUACACAGCAAGUCCCCACUUGCUCCUUCACCACCACCAUUAAAGAAGAGUCCAAUUGCUGCAUGUAUUCUGAUAAACGCAACAAACUCAUUUCUGCCGAGGUCCCUUCGUAUCAGAGGCUGGUCCCCGAGUCCUGUCCCGUUGAGAACCCAGAGGUUCCUGUCCCUGGAUAUUUUAGACUGAGUCAGACCUACGCCACCGGGAAAACCCAAGAGUACAAUAACAGCCCCGAAGGCAGCUCCACUGUCAUGCUCCAGCUCAACCCUCGUGGCGCGGCCAAGCCGCAGCUCUCGGCUGCCCAGCUGCAGAUGGAAAAGAAGAUGAACGAAACCGCGAGCGGCCAGGAGCCCACCAAAGUCUCCCAAGUGGAGAGCCCCGAGGCCAAAGGCGGCCUUCCCGAAGAAAGGAGCUGCCUGGCCGAGGUCUCCGUGUCCAGUCCCGAAGUGCAGGAGAAGGAAAGCAAAGAGGAAAUCAAGUCUGAUACUCCAACCAGCAAUUGGCUCACUGCAAAGAGUGGCAGAAAGAAGAGGUGCCCUUACACUAAGCACCAAACCCUGGAAUUAGAAAAAGAGUUCUUGUUCAAUAUGUACCUCACCCGCGAGCGCCGCCUAGAGAUCAGUAAGAGCGUUAACCUCACCGACAGGCAGGUCAAGAUAUGGUUUCAAAACCGCCGAAUGAAACUCAAGAAGAUGAGCCGAGAGAACCGGAUCCGAGAACUGACCGCCAACCUCACCUUUUCUUAGGUCCAAGGCCCGUGGGAGGCCAGGAUCCGAGAGAGGCCACCGCGGUCCAGGCCGGAGUGCUGGAGGACUGGGAAGGCGGAAGCAAAACCUUCAUUGCUCUUUGUUUGUUUGGUUUUUUUGUUUUGUUUUGUUUUGUUCUGUUUUCCUGCUAGAAUGUGACUUUGGGGUCAUUCUGUUCGUGCUGCAAGUGAUCUGUAAUCCCUACGAGUAUAUAUAUAUAUAUAUUAAAAAAAAACUUAGCACGUGUAAUUUAUUUUUCCAUCGUAAUGCAGGGUAACUAUUACUGCGCAUUUUCAUUUGGGUCUUAACUUAUUGGAACUGUAGAACAUCCAUCUAACCAUCCAUCCAUCCAACCAGCAAUGUGACCUUUUCAUGUUUUUCCUAACACAAAAGAAAAAAAAGUUCUCUGUGUGUGGUUAGACCAUAAACUCAUGGCAUUUUGAAUACAUUCAGUACUUUUAAAAUUACAUAUAUAUUUAAAAAGCAGAAUAAGAAAACCCACAAGCUCUGGGGGGAGGGGGACCUUUCAAAAGCACAUUACAAUGUAUCUUUUCACAAAUGAACUUAGCAGUUGUCCUUGGUGAGAUGGAGUGUUGAUGACUUAUGCCUUGUAGCCUUUUCCCUUGUGGUGCAUCUGUGGUUUGGUAGUACAACAGCAACCUGUUCUCUCUGUGCAUGUUCUGGUCGCAUGUAUAACGCAAUAAACUCCGGAAAUGAG